GGAUAAUGAAACCGCGCUGAAAACGAGAGAUGUCUGUCCGCUUAUACCUAUCGAGAUUGUUAUGUUUGAGACAUUUCGUCCAUACUUCAAGAAAACUACAAUUUCCAAUACAUAUCAAAAUGCCUUCUUUGUCCCCAACCAUGUCUGAGGGCUCAAUCGUCAACUGGGUUAAGAAUGAAGGAGAGCAGGUAGCUGCUGGAGAUAUCCUCUGCGAAGUUCAGACGGACAAAGCCGUUAUUGCAUUUGAAUCAGAGGAGGAAGGUGUACUUGCCAAAAUAUUGGCACCCACUGGCUCAUCGAAUAUCAAAGUCGGUGGUUUGAUUGCUGUGUUAGCCACUCCAGACGAGCAUUGGCAAGAGGUGGCUACUUCCUCCGUAUUGCUAUCACAGCCAUCGAAAGCCGACAGUACUCCAAAACAGUCAGAAAAAAACCGCACCAUCCAGGAACCACAGUCAUACCGCUUUUGUUCAAUGGGACCUGCGGUUCGUCUUCUGUUACAAUCACACGAUAUCGAUGGAUCUCAAAUAAUUUCUACAGGACCACAUGGUCAGUUGCUCAAAGGGGAUGUUUUGGCUUACAUAGCUAACAACCAGAUUAAACCUGUUGUAUCUGAUCAGGAGAAGCCAAUUAAUGAUAUCCCUGUAAUGCAAACUGUCUCGUCAGUAGCCACUUUCACAGAUAUCACGUCAUUGAAUAUGGGGAAUGCUUUUGCCCAACGUUUGUCGGAAUCGAAAUUGUCUGUCCCACAUCAAUAUAUUCGUGCAACUACUCGCAUUAAUCGUCUAAAUGAAUUAAGAACUGAACUGAAAGUGGAUUCGGAUGUGGAUUUUUCUAUAAAUGAUUUCAUCAUCAAAGCUUGUGCUUUAGGCUUAAGGCUUGUUCCAGAUUUGAACGCCAUUUAUGAUUCUCAAGCUAAAUCUGCCAUUUAUCUGAGAUCGGUCGAUUUAAGUAUGGCAGUAGCAACUAAAUCAGGGUUACUUACGCCAAUUUUGCAUUCUGCAGAUACACUUAAUGUUUCUGAUAUCUCAAAGUUGUCGCAACAGUUGGUGCAGAAAGCACGAGAUGGUAUAUUACAACCACAUGAACUUGAAGGUGGGAGUUUCACAUGUUUCCUUGUAAACCAUAAUCCUUAAAUAUUCAACAACUAUAUGCAUCAAAAUAUGAAGCAACGUUUGUUAAUAUAUUUUAUUAAAUUUCCAUCAACAAAGAUGGGGGAGAAAUAAGCCAUCCAAAUCCUUGAAGAUUCCAAUCAUUUUAAAUUAAAACGCGGUGCGAUCGCUAGAUCAUCCAGCGACCACUGCUAUUGGUAAGGUUAACUUAUUAAGAGCCAAAAGUGUUGUAACUCAACUUCGUUUAAAGUCAUUAAACUAGUUUUCCAAGGCUUUGUUAAAGAUAUUAGAAAAACUGGGGAUUAUCAGCACGAAAGUGGAGUAUAGGGAAUGAUCAACUAUGAAAUUAAUCUCAACCUUAAAUAUUGAGAGGUACUGGUAUUCAUAGUUUUAGGCGAAACUUCCGAAAUCCACUAAAACUAUUUGAGUUAAAAGUGAAUCUUCCCACUACGUAACUACCAUCGCAUUACAAUUCACUACUAAUUUCAGUACUAAAUACUUCAUGAAUUGCUUAGAUUUUCAACUUUGGGAAGAAGUAAAAAUAAGACACUAUAUAGCAUUCAGCUUUUUGUUAGUAUGUAUUGGAGAACCCAGAAUUUGUCAAGUUUUAUGAAUAAUCUGGUUCACUACUCAUGAGCCCUUUAUUUUGUACAGGGUAUUCCACCCACGACUUCGUGAACUAGUGUUAUGUAAAUUUCGCAAAUUUAUCCGUCUUUAUUUUCUUAACAGAAUCUUUAAUCUUGGAAUUUACGAUAUUCGAGAGUUCACCACUAUUGUGAAUCAUCCUCAAGUCGCUAUUUUGGCUGUUGGGAGUGGUUUGCCAGAGGCUUGUAUCUCAACAUCAUAUACCGAAAAUGAAAUAACUUUUUCAACCAAUAUAACGCUAACAUUGUCAGUUGACUCACGAUGUGUAAGUGAAGUUGUUGCAAGUUCUUUCUUGAAGUACGUUUGUAGUUUGUUAGGAGACUAUCCGCAUCUUUUACUCAAUGGUGAUCCUGUUUCUUUGUCACUGAAGAGUAAUCAUACUUCCUCUCAACAAGAUGAAUUUGAUAAUCUAAUGCUUUCAAAAGUGAAUACAGAUAUUAUUCAAACCUUAGUUUGAUUCACUGAUAUGUGCUGUAUCUUUCUAUUUCUCCUACUUUAAUUUCUUCUCUACUUACAGUUAUUCUAUUUUGAAGGUUAGUAUACGUCUGUAAAAGCAACUUUCACUGAAAAAAUUAGGCUAGUAAUGAUUUCGGCUGUUAACUUUUGUUAUACUGACUAUUAAUUAGAAUUCUUAUUUGUACUGUCGUAUCAUGGAUAAAUACAUAACUAAUAAAGUAAAAGUAACUUACUAACCCUCGC